UGCUAUUGUCAUUCUGCUGUUGCGCGCUUCAGCGGCAGGAGGCUCUGCUGAAAGUAGAAAACAGAGCCACGGAGGACAGAGAGAGAGAGAGAGAGAGAGAGAGAGGGGGGGGACAGGGAUAGAAAGGAGAGAAAGGAAGGGAGAGCCUACAGCCUGUCAGGAGGACAGAGAGAGGCAGUGGGAAUGAGGAGAGGAAAAAAUGAAUAAUCUGUCUGCAAAGAAGACCAAAGAUCCAAGGACUGUGCCUUGUUAGCUUUUUUCAGUUUUCUCCUGAAAGGAUAAGGGGGCUGAGAGGAAGACUAUUGUUCUCUCCUUACUGAUGCUUUUCUCAAUGCUCUCAUGCAGGAGGCAUGCUCAGAAGUAGUGUGAAAGGAGGCAGAGAAGGCGAUUUAAAGAUGGAACGGGCGGAAAGCACCAAAACGUACGGCCAAGCCGAGGGCAAAGCUGUUGGCAUGGCAGCCAAGAGGGGUAAGUCGGGGGUGCCCCAUAGCGCCCAGCGAGGGGAACUGAGGGUAUACCGUGCAGGUAGCUCUGAGGGGCGGCUGCCAGUGUCCUCCAACCUCCGCAAGCAGAGGUCCAUGACCAACCUGGCCGUGCUCACUGAUGCAGAGAAGAAGAUACACCUCUACGAGCCCAAGUGGUGUGAUGACAUGGCUAAACCUGGAGCAGGGCCCCUCAAGGCAGGCAAGCCCAAGCUGGCAGGAGGGGGUGGCGGUGGUGGACGAGGGGGCACGCCGCUCUCACGCAACCUCUCCAAGUCAGAGCACUCUCUCUUCCAGGGCAAACCCAAACCCUUCAGCCCAUUGGCGGCUCCUUCUGGUCUAGUCAGACCCGGUCAGAGCCGGAUCCCCCGGGCGCCAUAUGCAGAGGUGAAGCCCCUGAGUAAGGCCCCUGAGGACGGCAAAUCUGAUGAUGAGAUCCUCUCCAGCAAGGCCAAGGCUGCCAGCAAGAAGCAGGCAGUGGGAGCUUCUGUGGAGGCAGGGGCCAAGGGCCAAGGGGAUGGGAGCCAAUCCUCCUUCCUCAAGGUGGAUCCAGAGCUGGUAGUGACUGUCCUGGGUGACCUGGAACAGCUUCUCUUCAGCCAGAUGCUGGACCCAGAGUCUCAGAGGAAACGCACGGUGCAGAACGUCCUUGACCUCAGACAGAACCUGGAAGAUACUAUGUCCAGUCUACGGGGAGCCCAGCUCAGCCAUGGCUGUCUGGACAGCAGUACUGUUUGCUACGACAGUGAUGAGACUAAUGGCCGCAGCAUGUCCAGUCAGUCCAACCGCUCCUCUCCUCUCUCCUGGCGCCACGGCCAGUCCAGCCCCCGGAUGCAGGCUGGAGAUGCUCCUUCUUCCACGGGCAGCGGCGUGUAUCAGGGGGGCAAGGCUGGGUCCCAGUACACGGCCCACACCAUGCCCGCCCGAGUCUCCAGCCGUCUCAGCCACUCCUCCCGAAUGGCGCUCAUCGAAGGGCUGGACGUGGAUGAUGCGGACCUCAAGUCUGGUUACCUGAGUGAUAGCGACCUGCUGGGAAAGAGCAUGCCAGAGGAUGACGACGACAACCUGGCCAAUGGCUGGGAAGAGAGCAGCUCCAUCAGCAGUGGGCUCAGCGAUGGCUCUGUAGACAACCUCAGCUCAGAGGAGUUCAACGCCAGCUCCUCCCUCAACUCCCUGCCCACCACACCCCUCGGCUCCAGACGCAACUCCUCUGUCAUGCUCCGCACCGACGCUGAGAAGCGCUCCCUGGUGGAGAGUGGCCUGUCCUGGUACAGUGAGGAUGCCAAGGCCGCACGCAAGAUGGACGGGGGCAGCUACGAGACGGGGAGCCUCAAGACCGAAAACCCCAGCAAGUGGAGGAAGUCCUCCAGACCCAUGGAGGCUGACAGUGAAGACGCAGGUGUCAAGGGGGAAGUGAGGAAGCCCCAGAGCCUGGGUCAGCCAGGGAACUAUAAUAAGAAAGGGCGCAACCCUCCUGUGGGCGUGACCUCACCCAUUACCCACACCUCUCAAAACGUGCUCAAAGUGGCAGCACCAAAGAGUGACCACAGGGCGGUGGACAAGACCAAGAUGUCUGUGAAGGCUGCUGGGCUGCAGCGAUCUCGUUCUGACGCUGGGAGGGAACACCUUCCGCAGCACCGGGAACUCCGCAAGCCUCCAUCUGGCCUGGUCAAGCCCUCCGCCGGGGCCUCAUUCGGCUACAAGAGGCCCCCGACCACCAGCACCGCCACCGUUAUGACAGCAGGGGGCAGCACCAUCUCUAGUGGCUCUGCCACCGUGGGCAAGAUGCCCAAGUCCUCUGGUAUCCCUGUGAAGCCUCUGGGAGGAGGAGGAGGAAGAGGGGGACGUAAGAACAGCUUUGACGCCACCGGCAGUGAGGAGGGGGGCUUCCUGGGGCCCAGUGCCCGUAACAGCCUCCAGUACCGCAGCCUGCCACGCCCCGCCAAGUCCAGCACCCUCAGCCUGAUCAGCCGCCCUGGGUCGGCCCGGCCCGCCAGCAGUAGCAUGGACCCCGGCCUGCUCAGUCUGAAGCCUGUCUCCAUGGCCUGCCCUGGCCCCAGGGGGAAAGAGCCCGGCAGUGGAAGCACUAAAGGGGGCAGUCGAGGAGGGAGCACAGGCCCUGUCAACCAGACAGACAGGGAGAAGGAGAAGGAGAGGGCUAAGGCCAAGGCAGUGGCGUCUGAUAUGGACUCCCUUUGUGGCUCCCUGAAGAUGGAAGACUGUCAGGGUGAUUCCACUGGGGAGGCCAGCGCCAAACUGCAAGGGCUGCGGAGGGCCAGCACCAGCAAAAACCCUGAGCUCUCCUCACCCACCACUCAGAGGAUGCUGAGCUGCAAAUCUCUGGGUCGGCCUCCCAGCCUGGCACACCUGGACAAGGUCAACUCCAACAGCCUGGACUCGUGCGUGACCAUCCAGGACCUUCCUCCCAAAGUGCCCCCCUACUCCAAGCUCCAGGACCUGGCUGGGUCCGGGUCACGCAGCACGAUCCCCCGGGGCCUCACCCCAAGCCCGGCCCCCGUCCUGCACCUCGACUCCCCCAGUUGCUACCCCAGCCAGACCCUGUCCAUGGGCGGCUCUCCGCUGCUCUACCCCAAACUGUCUGGCCUGCACCGCAGCAUGGAGUCACUGCCCCUCACCAUGAGUGUUCCUCCCAGUGGAGGAUAUAUCCGGGCAGAGUCCAGAGACAGGGACAGGGACAGGGACAGGGAGGAGACGAGGAGCACGGGGACCUGGGGUGCUGGGAGCAGGACCUCCCUCAAUCUCCCAGACAGUUUGCAAACGGACAGGAACACCUUACCCAAGAAAGGAUUAGGAUAUGUCAAUCGCUACAGCUCUGGUCUGUCAGAAGGUCAGUUGGAGGGUAAGGAGAGGCGUCACUCUCACACCGCAGUGAGCCUGUUGGAGAGUGAGAGCCCCCCUCAGCUGCCAUCACCCACCCACAAGCCCCACCUCUCCUCUGGCAAGGCUGUCCUCACCAACGUGGUUGCCCCCAUCCCGAGCAGUGCCUGUGCCCCCAGGAUAACCCGCUCCAACAGUAUCCCCACCAACGACGCGGCCUUCGACCUGUACGGCUCCUCUCCACUGGGCAGCACCAUGUCACUGGCCGACCGGCCCAAGAGCAUGAUGCGCUCUGGAUCCUUCCGCGACCGCGAGCCUGGGGAUGACUGUGAGACAGCUAGCACAUUCCAUGGAUCUGUUCUCUCCUUGGCAUCAAACACUUCAUCCAACUAUUCCUCGACUGAGGAGCGGAUACAAGGAGAGCAAAUCCGCAAGCUGAGACGCGAGCUGGAGAACUCCCAGGAAAAAGUGGCCAACCUAACUACUCAGCUGUCUGCCAACCUAGGGCAGGCUAAUUUGGUAGCAGCGUUCGAGCAGAGCCUGCAACUGAUGACGUCACGUCUGCAGAGCCUGUCGGUCAGCCAGGAGCAGAAGGUACCGGACUCUGAGCUGACUGAUCUGAAGGAGACCAUAGAGAUCCUGAAGACGAAGAACACAGAGGCCCAAGAUAUCAUCCAUGUGGCCCUCAGCAACCCUGACAUCCCUCCUAAAGAGCUGCAGAUGAAGAGGCAGAACUCGUCUGAGAGCAUCUCAAGCCUGAACAGCAUCACCAGCCACUCCAGCGUGGGCAGUCUGAAGGAGCAGGAGGCCAAGAAGAAGAAGAAGAGCUGGGUAUUUGAGCUGAGAAGUUCCUUCAACAAGGCUUUCAGUAAGAAGGGUUCCAAGCUCUCUGCAUCGUACGCUGACAUUGAGGAGAUUGCCACUCCAGAUUCCUCUGCACCCUCCUCUCCUAAGAUCACCAUCCACCACGGGGACAGGGGUGGGGACGGGGACCGGGACAGGAACCGGGACGGGGAUGGGUACAACCCUCCCUCCAUGAUGAGGUCCUCUGUCUCUGCAUCCUCCUCUGGGCUGUGUGAAGGAGGCAAGGAGCCCCCGGAGGAUGAGAAGGUUGUGUCUACGCUGCGCUCGGCCCUCUGGGAGAAGGAGAGGAAGCUGACAGACAUUCGCCUGGAAGCCCUUAGCUCUGCCCACCAGCUGGAGCAGCUGCAGGAGGCCAUGAACAAUAUGCAGAUGACAGUGGAGAACCUGAAGGCAGAGAAUGACCAGUUGAAGACAGGCGGUCCCUCCACCUCCACCUCCCAGUCCUCCAGCCUGGCAUCACUGGGCAGCGCCUCACCACGCCAAUCUCUGACCAAGAAUUUAAGCAUGAGUCUGGGAGAGGGCAGCGCCCCUGACCUGUUCCAGACAGAAGCAGUCAGUCUCCCCUCUCACAGGGACGACACACGUGUCAGAGUGGUGGUUCAUGUGGCCAACCUGCGCGUCUUCAAAGAUGAGGUGAAACAGCAGGACUUCUUCAUCGGUACUGUGAGGGUUAACAGCAGAAUGGACUGGCCUAUGUUGGAUUUGGCCGUCGGCCAGGCUUUUAAGGUGUACAUAGCCAAGGUGGACCCCACCUCCAGCUUGGGCCUGUUUACAGACUCUAUCUACAGCUAUGGUAUGAACCACAUCAGGAGGGUGCUGGGAGGGGAGCUGCCAGAGAGCCAACCCUCACACUGUGUAUCCAAGGGGCCCAGCGGCAUCACUGUUACACUCAAAGGUCUGAAGGAGAAGUGUGUGGACAGCCUGGUGUUUGAGACGCUCAUCCCCAAGCCCAUGAGCCAGCACUACAUCAGCCUGCUGCUAAAGCACCGCCGCCUCAUCCUGUCUGGGCCCAGCGGCACCGGCAAGACCUACCUCACCUCCCACCUGGCAGAGUACCUGGUGGAGCGCAGUGGCCGAGACCUCACUGACGGUAUCGUGGUCACCUUCAACAUGCACCGCCAGUCAUGCAAGGAUCUCCAACUCUACCUGUCCAACCUGGCCAAUCAGAUCGAUCGGGAAACCAGCACCGCUGAAAUCCCAUUGGUGGUCAUCCUGGAUGAUAUACAUGAUGCCACUUCCAUCAGUGACCUUGUCAAUGGGGCCCUCACCUGCAAAUACCACAAAUGUCCUUACGUCAUUGGAACUACCAACCAGCCAGUGAAGAUGACCCCAAACCACGGCCUGCACCUCAGCUUCAGGAUGGUUACCUUCUCCAAUAACGUGGAGCCAGCCAAUGGCUUCCUGGUGCGUUACCUGCAUAGGAAGUUGAUGGAGGCGGAGGACGAGAGGAGCCUGGCCAACGAGGACCUCCUCAGGGUGCUGGACUGGGUGCCCAAGCUGUGGUACCACCUGCACACCUUCCUGGAGAAACACAGCACCUCCGACUUCCUCAUCGGCCCGUGCUUCUUCCUGUCCUGUCCUGUGACUGUGGAGGAGUUCCGCUCCUGGUUCAUUGACCUGUGGAACCUCUCCAUUAUCCCCUACCUGCAGGAAGGAGCCAAGGAUGGCAUUAAGGUGCAUGGUCAGAAGGCAGUGUGGGAGGACCCAGUGGAGUGGGUGAGGGGCACCCUACCCUGGCCCUCAGCCCAACAGGACCAGGCCAAGCUGUUCCACCUGCCUCCCCCCAGCAUGACCUCUGGAGGCCCCGGCCAGCCCAGCGAGGCCUCAGCCAGGCCUCUUAAUAAGGAGACCCCACCCAGCUCCAUGGACACCCUGGACCCACUGAUGGCGAUGUUGUUGAAGUUGCAAGAGGCAGCCAACUACAUUGAAUCUCCAGACAGAGAAACAAUGGACCCCAGCCUCCCUACACUUUGAACAUCAACUUCAACUGUAGACUCAAAACCUAGCACUUCAAAUAGCCCUACAUAUUUCCCCCUAUGUGAGCUUCAGUGUAUAAUAUUCAGGAACAAAAACUCUCCAAUAUAGUUUCCUGCUAAUUUUGUAACUUAUCUUGAACCUUAGCAAAAAACAAUCAUACUCCAUAUGGUUGAAUGAGAAGCCGUUUUGUUUUGUUCUGUUGUUUUGAAACUUUAUUCAAUCAUGCCAAGUUAUUCCAACAGACAUUAUAGCGAUAUAAAACAUUUCGAUUUUCUA